AUGCAAGACAAAAAUGACACAGUCUCAGGGUUCAGUCUCGUGGGAUUGACGGAUAGUGCAGAACUCCAAAUCCCACUCUCCAUCCUAUUUCUAAUGAUCUAUGGGCUGACCCUAGUGGGAAAUCUCGGAAUAAUUACAUUAAUCAGGAUGGACUCCCGUCUUCAAACCCCUAUGUACUUUUUCCUCAGCCACUUGUCUUUUGUUGACACCUGCUACUCAUCAGUGGUUGCCCCAAAGUUGCUAGAAAUCCUCUUCACUGAGAAGAAAGCCAUCUCUUUCCUGGGCUGCGCAGCCCAAAUGUGGUUCUUCGGCAUACUGGUGGCUACCGAAUGCUUCCUGUUGGCUGCCAUGGCAUGUGACCGUUACGUGGCAAUCUGUAGCCCCUUGGUUUAUACUAUGAUUAUGUCCCCAAAGACCUGUAUCCAGCUGGCAACUGCUCCAUAUGUAAUUGGGUUGGUGAACGCCACGAUCCACACGACCGCUACCUUCGGCCUCACUUUCUGCGGCUCCAGGAAGAUUAAUCAUUUCUUCUGCGAUAUCGCCCCACUUCUCUCCCUGUCCUGUUCCAACAUUUGGGUGAACGAGAUCCUCACGCUGCUCAUGACAUUUCUGAUUGGAGUCCUGAGUGGGGGGGUGAUCCUCAUUUCCUACACCUGCAUCAUCUCUGCCAUCCUGAGAAUCCCAUCUGUGGAGGGCAGACAUAAAGUCUUUUCCACCUGCGCCUCCCAUCUGACGUCCGUCAUCAUUUUCUACGGGACCCUCUUCAUCACGUAUGUCCAACCCCGUUCCCAAGAGAGCACUGACAAAGUAGUUUCCGUGUUUUACUCCCUGGUGAUCCCAAUGCUGAACCCCUUGAUCUACAGCCUGAGGAACAAGGAAGUGAACAUCUCUCUGAGAAGGAUGAUAGCAAGGAAAAAGCUUACUACAAGAUACUAA